AUGGCUGAGCUCGCCAUGACCAAGACCGUGGACGGACAGACGCGGGUGGAAGACUAUCUGAACGACAAGAUACAAACUGCGGUGGACCUAGAACAGGUGGACAGCCUUGUACAACGGGUGCGAGAACAACAAACCCUGUUGCGGGAACAGCUUGAAGCAGCGCGGACAGACUAUACAGAGGCAACAAACAGAGUCAAUGAACGUUCCAGAGAGUUGAGAGAAGCGGCGGAAAAAUGCAAGAGGGAACACGCCGACAUAGACCGACGGCUCAGAGACCUUGCACAAUCGAACGUCAGCGAUGACGCCGCGCGAAAGGUCGAAGCUAGGAUGAUAAAGGUGCGCCGUCUCGAAGUUGCUCGAAGCUAUCUAGAGGUGUACCAGCAACUGGACACUUUGAGCCACAAAACGAAAGAGAACUUUUCUGCGGAUCCGGAGGCAUCAAUCAAAGGAUAUCUACGACUGAGGGCCAUUUGGAGGCACAUUCAGGAUGCGCAGCCGGCUGCAGAAGGGGCAGCACCUCAAUUGACGUAUGUCUUUGAGCAACAAAUGCAGCAGCUCUAUGCGCUCAUCAAGGCAUCUCUAGAAGGAGGCUUGCAGGAAAGUCUUGCAGAAAUGAAAUGGCCGGCCAAAAAGUUGAACCUCCAGCGCAAAGCACAGUACCAAUGGGAGGAGAGUGUCAGAUUACUCCUCCAGCUACAAGAGCCCGACCUGAUCGAAGCGUACGCAGGCCUUGACACCCGAAGUCGAUCUUCGACGCCUGAACCUAUCGUACUACUCCCGCUCGAGGUCAUGGUUCAACCAUUGGUAGUGAGGUUCAGAUACCAUUUCUAUGGAGACAAACCCACGAAUCGCUUGGACAAGCCCGAAUACUUCCUCACCCACGUCCUAGAUUUGCUAGAGACACAUAGCGCUUUCAUGAGCGACAUGCUGGGUCCUAUACUGGAUGACAGGGCGCACCAGUCUGAGGCCCUGGAGACUCUCUACCCUGACGCAGUCUCCGCGUUCAUUACGGCACUGCUGCCGAUGGUCGAGGCAAAAUGCCUGUCUUUUCUGCCCCAGAUUUCACAACAACCACAACUGAUAUCUCACUUUAUGCACGAGUUGAUGGUGUUUGAUAGUGCCAUUCGUGACACCUGGAGUUACAUUCCGAUUCCCAGGAUGCUGGCAGAGUGGAAAGGGAUUACUUGGAGAGUGCUGACCACACACGGGUACUUUGCUCUGUGGCUCAAAGUCGAAAAGGACUUUGCUCUUUCUCGAUACAAGAGCAUUAGAGAUGCUCCAGAUAGCAAUGAGAUCGACUUUGACGCAGACGCCACUCAGACGAAGCCGACAAAGGGAGCGAUUCGCGUCAAUGAUCUUUUGGAGACGAUCACGGAUCGCUAUCGAGGCCUUUCGUCGUUCAGCCAGAAGAUGAAGUUUCUCCUGGAGAUUCAACUCUCCAUCUUCGAUGAUUAUCACAACAAUCUUCACGGGGGCUUGCAGGCAUAUCUUGUAUCCUCCCACACGGCCGGCCGAUUACUUCAGGGACAGUCUGAAGCCGAUGCUUUCGGGUUAAAAGGGCUGGAAUCCCUGGCCAAGAUUUUUGGUAGUGCUGAAUUUCUUGAACGGAAAAUGUCGGAUUGGAAUGAUGAUGUCUUCUUUCUGGAGCUGUGGGACGAACUUCAAUAUCGCGCCCAAGCAAACAGCGGCACAGGUGCGUCCAUUGGCACAGACUUGAAAGUGGAGGACGUUGCGGACAAGACCUCAACGACCAUCAAGUCAAACGGCGUUGAAACGGAUGAGGAUUCAGACGGAAGUGGAUUGUUCGACCAGACUGCCUCCGCAUAUCGACGACUACGCGAACGCUGUGAGGAGGAAAUGCUCCGCUUCUUCGACAUUAACCUGAGAGGGGCGCUACGAGCAUACGUCAAGCAUGCUCAAUGGUCGUCUCUUGUGGAGACGUUGUCCGACCCAGCCGCAAUGGCGCCUUCUCCGAGCCUUAGUGGCUUCUUUCAGACAACAGCCACGCUGCUGGGCUACCUUUCUCGCGUCCUGGCCCCAGGACCCAUGCGACGGAUAUGUAAGCAUUACUGCUCCACCCUGCAGAGAGAGGUCUACGAUAAUGUUAUAAUGUACCAUACAUUUUCAGCCACUGGCGCAGCACAGUUGGCCAGGGACCUCUCCGAAAUUAAAACGACCAUCGAAAAACACAGCGGACUGCGAGGAGUUACUGGAGCGGGUCUCAAACGUCUCGAAGAGGCCGUCUAUCUCCUUUCUCUGGAUGCUUCACAAACCCUGGAGAGCGGCGAAGAGGACGAAUGGGGAUUUAAUGAUGAUGACAACGACGAGGAGUCGAAAGGGCAAGCUGCCACGGAUGAGGCUAUCACUGAUGAUACCGGCAUCAAGAAGCCUGGACUCUGGGACGUAGAGAAGUUGAUUUUCGAGAGCAACGAAGCAGCACGAAAGGCUCUUGCGGAUAUGGGCCUAUAUCACCUCAGUGAGGGAGAAGCCAGAAACAUUCUGAGGAGGAGAGUUGAGUUAAACGGAUGA